UCCCGCGAAACACCAAUGAGCUGCUGUCUUGCGGCCGAGUCGGCUUUGGGCGGAAGUAGCUUUGUAGACCGGGAGAAACGAGAUGGGGGUGAAGCUGGAGGUGUUUCGGGGUCUGAGCAGCCUCUUCCCAUCACCAAGGGGAAUGGUAAUCCCUCGCUCUGCUCUUGCACCCUGCUGUUCCAGAUGACCCUCUACCUCACGUUCCCUGUGGCCAUGUUCUGGAUCGCCAAUCAGGCCACGUGGUUCGAGGACUAUGUCAUCGAACGCAAGAGAGAGCUUUGGCCACCUGAGAAGGAGAGCCAGCGCCGAGAGUUAGAAGAAUUCAAAGAGAGGAUUCGGAAGCAGAGGGAGGAGAAGCUCCUCCGCGCUGCCCAGCGGAGCUCCUGAGGCCGCUAGUGCCCGAGUCCUGGCUCCCUGCCCCACCUGAGAAAUAACAAGACGCCCAACUCCUUGUCA